GUUAGUCGUCGUACAAGUGUAAACAACUUGACCUAUGGCUGCUGGCACUGGUUCAUCUGGAGCUGUCAAGCUUUAGGAGAAAUGGAUCAGUUAGGUGAUCCAAAUGGAUAUCUUGAGUUGUCUCAAAAUCCUAUAAGAUUUGAACCUGUCAGCAAAGUGACCAAUGUAUUCUUUGACGACACCAGCAAAGAGGUACUUAGUGUACGAGGUGGCGGAACACUAGGAGUGGUGGUGCGAGGAGUUGGUCGUGAUCACACCUUUCGAAUGGAAGAUCGUGGAACCAUAUCCUCUCUCAAAUUUUCACCAGACCACUCAGUCUUAGCUGUACAACGGAGCAAAAAUGCAGUGGAAUUACUCACUUACACUGAUGGGGAAGUUGGGCCUGGGAGUGUCCAGGAAUGCCGAGCAAAAGCUGCCAACAUGUUGGGGUUUAUCUGGACACACAAUGAUGACUUGGUGUUGGUGACAGACCAUGGAGUAGAAUUCUACCAGACACAGCAGGUUGCAAAGGACCGCAUUGGUGUUCGUCACAUAAGAAGCUACAGUCUGCCGUGCUCCUGGUUUGUUUGGAGCACAGAGUGUUCACUAUUACUCCUAUGCACUGGGUCUUCUCCUACCACUACCACACUCCAGCCCUUAAUUUUCAAACCUGGGCAAUCCAACAAACUGACCAAAUUUGAAGUGGAAGUGAGCAGUGCCAGUGGGACUCACUCUACCGGUGUGACGUUGGGUGAGCGGGAUGUGUGUGUUGGUACUGUAUAUGGCUUGGUGACCAUCUGUGUCCUGCGCCACCCAUCUACACCCACUGUUGCUGCGCAUCUUGAUGUUUAUACCCAGAAUAAAGAUGGGAACUUCAAGAGGACACACAUCUGUCGCCUUGAGCUAACGGGACGCUUUGCUGUUAAUAUUAUUGACAGUUUAAUAAUUGUGCACCACCAGGCUUCCAAGACUUCACUUCUUUUUGACAUCCUACUUGGUGGAGAAGUGAAUGGUGGAAUAACUUCAGUAUAUCCGAUUACAGUGCCCAGAUCUAUUCAGCCAUUUUCUUUGGUGGAACCCGACGCUGUGCCCUCCACUACGUCACAGCCAAUCUCUCUUCCUUGUGAGCUAUAUGCACCGACCUGGGUUGUCUUCCAGCCAGAUAUUGUCAUUGAUGCUCGACUGGGGUGCAUGUGGCACCUGCGGCUGCGAUUAGAUUGCCUGACAAGUUCUGUGGAAGAUAAAAGUCAGCUGGUGGAUUGUCUUCUGAGAAGGAAGCAAGCAAAGCCUCUUGUGCUGUCUGUUGUGCGACAAGUUGUGGAAUCAGGUCAACUGGCGUCUUUGGGCCAGAUAUUUGAUAAAAUUAAUGUGGCUUAUAGACAACACCUUAAUACUGUGUUACAGUCUCAGAAGACAUGCCAGAUCAUGAUGGGAGAAAGUGUGAGUGCCCCAGUAGCUUCAAACAAUGCUCCUGAGAGAAGAGGUGUAGUCAUUGAGCAAGCCGACAUGUAUAGUAGUGUUCUGGCUCCACUCAUGGAAGAGGCAGAGAAGGAGGAAGCUAGACAAGCUCAACAAAAGGACAGCACAAACCAUGAAGGUUCUCGUCAAACAGUUGUAUCACCUAAAAUGGUGGUAGGUGUAGUGAUCGAGUACACCCGGUCUCUGGGUGCUGUUGGUGUGACUGUCCAACAUUUUCUCUAUGAGUUGGUAAUAAAUGCUCUUGUUCGGGCCCGUCAGUUCUAUCAGCUGCAUCAGCUUCUCCAGUAUCAUGUUUUGGCAGACUCAAAACCUUUGGCAUGUCUGCUACUGUCUCUGGUAGGUGUCUAUUCUGCGGGUCAACAGCUGAGCUUGGACAUGUUGUGUCGGCUUAACACGGCCCAUGAUGAAAUUAUUGAAGUGUUACUCUCACAGCAUCAGGUCACACCAGCACUCAGAUAUGCCCGAAGUGUAGGGCUGGGAGAGUCUGUGUCAGCUCGUAAGUUUUUGGAGGCUGCCAUGGUGAGUGGUGACCGGCAGGUGUUCUACUCCACCUUUACUUUUUUUGUACUUCGCAACACAAGACUUCGGGGCAGUUCAGCUUUUGCUAAAGGUGAACAUUGUGAUGUCUAUGUUGAACAUUACAAGACACUGUUUGGAGAGCUUCCAGACUGUGGUGUCCAGCAAGCUUAGACCAAGACUAAUGAGACUAAGAAGAUAAUUCUACAUCGAGGUUUAGUUGACUGAUGUAUAUGUUCAGGUAACUUUGCCUCACUGAGUUCAGUCUAAAGAACCAGAGCAUCAUUAUAACCAGACACAUUAUCUUUUGACCUGUGCAAAUGUUUAAAGUAAAAAUUUUAUUUAUUGGCCCAUGUAACUACACAGCCUCUAUCAUUUACUCACUCUUACUCAUCUCUCACCAAUAAUAUAUCCUUUCAUUGUACCAAGUCAGAUGUUUUAUUCAAGAGAUCAUGAUAAAGAUUUUACAGGUAUAACACAAUGUAAAUUAGGCUGUAUGGCCAGUCCAAGAAGUAUCGAGACCCCAGAAUCCGGUGGAAUAGAAAGCGAGCAAUAACCUUAGACACUUCAUGCAUCAGUUAAGUUGGGUUGGUCUUUGCCCGAUGUUUCAUAUUCUUUCGGACACCUGGGGGGUCUGUACGUUUUGGAUUGGCUGUACUAGAAUUGUAAUAUAUUACAUCAGACUUUACUUUCUACUAGUCAGUUCAUUCACACACAAUAUUUUAUCUCAAUCCAUCACUUCAUUUACUCUUUCAUUGUUUUUCCGUUACCUGAGGGCUUUAUCAGAUAUUUUUAUUCAAUUUAAAAUAUUGGAGCUAUUCUGUGGAAGGGGCGCACCAUAGCAAAAUAUAUCUGUUACAGUUUGUAUUGCUUGUGAUUCCAUCUGCCCUGCACCAGUCAAGGGAAAGGGUUUGCAAGUGAAACAAAUAAUGAAAUAGAAAAUUACCUUAUGUUGCAAAUCACAAAAUACAGUACUGUACAUUGUAACCUGGUGUCAUUUCUCAGAAAAAAAUUUACCAGUACUGUACUGGCAUUGCAUUAACUUCCUCUUUUGCAAAAAUUUAUCUCAUGCUACUAAAUUCUGCCACACAUAAUAUUCAUUUCUUUUCAGUGUACAGUAUAUUGCAACAUUUGUUUUUUAUUCAACAUAAUUAGCUCGUUAGUAAAGUAUAAUUCUCAGAACAGGUAAACCCUACAUAACAUAUUGGCAAAUGUAAAUUUAUUAUAAUGUAGAGAACAAUUGCUUCCCAUCUUCAAUAAAUUUAGUAUAUUUCCCUGCUACUGUAUACAGUAUUUGGAAAGUACACAACCUAUAUUUUUCAGCUAAAAAUAUAUUCGACAUAGCAUAACCAAAGUUCUAGGGACCAAGACAGGCAUCUGACGCCACUCUCAUCAUCUCCAAGCUACCCGGUAGCUAGGUACAGUACAUAUGCUUGUUUUAUCGUACAGACAUCAGUUUCCAAUACAUUUCACCACUACAGUUUAUGGUAUUUUGCUGCUUCAUUAUUAACCAUUAUUUCAUCCUUAACAUCAUACAAUAAUGUUAAGGACAAAAGAACAAAAUAGAAGUGUCUCAUAUCAUUUUACAUACAGUACAGUAUACUGUAUAUACAGUACGUAUAUGUACAACUGUUUCAAAUUAUCAUCGGAAAACCUAUCACACAUACACGCGCGCACGCUAGAAAAACGUUGGUAUGAAGAUGUAACACAAAUAUACCCAUCUUUUCUAGCCACUAAGUGACAUCUGAAGGAUUCCGUAACUGUAUUAAGAGGGAAACAAUUCAGCCAAACUGUUGCCAGCCAAGCUAAGCAGUUACCACAUUUUGUGUUGAGACUGAAUUUGCUCAUAUUUUUAUGUAAUAGUUCACUGCAAUGUUCUUGGAAGGACAAGUUGAAGUUGUAAUUAAGUACAUGGUGAAUCACUACACUCACAGUGAUGAGAAAUAUUCAUGUUUAUAUUCUUAAUAGAAAAAAGCUGGAAGCCAAUGUUCACUGUUGAUUAUUACAAAUAACUUCUUCUUAUAACAUUUUAAGUUUAAUGGUACAGACUGUUGCUAUAAGUUUUCAUAAAUUCUUUCAUAUCAUAAUUUUUAUGAUGUUAUGGUUAUGGCAGUUUUGAAGAAUUCUUGAGGAUUCUCCAAUUCGAUUUUGUAACAUUGACCUCCACCCAAUUGGCUGACUGAACACAGCAAAUGAGAGUAAAAGCUUUAUGUGGUAAAAGAAAUUGUCUGAUUGCUAAUAAGGCUUUUUAUGUCUACUAAUUCAUUUCAAUGUACAAUUCAUAUUUUCUAUUACUUGAUGAAGAAAGGCACUACAAUAUAAGUCAAAUAAAUUAUAAAUUUCUCAAUUAGUAAAGACUUUUAAGGUUAAUUUUGUGUUUCUGUAUACAGUUGAUAUCAUAUAAAGGGUUGUGGAUACUAGUGAUGACCAACAUGUAUGCAAAACCAAAUUUUCUGUGGUAAUAUCUCCAGAGUUUCUAGAAGAGAAUGAACAAUAUCUCAAGAUGCCAAGUCAUCAUCUGUAUUGGAAAAUUUUGUAUUUGAAGGGGUGUUUAUUGAGUAAGUGCUGGGGUCUUGUUGUUUGCUGGGUGGAUAUCAGUGAUAACCUGUGGGGUGGCUGGGACCAUCAGUGCAAUGAUUGGGCCUUACAUCACAACCACACUUUCCUUCUUUCUCUCUCAUAAAUAGUAAACACCGCACAUAAUUUUUAAGACUGUGUUUCACGUGCUUUAUUAUUUAAGUGUAUUUUAACCACUAUAGCCCUCAUUUACAUUCUCUUCUACAGACUCUGGAGAUAGUGUUCCCACAGAAAAUGGAUUAUCAUAUACAUGUUGAAGUUGUCACUAAAUAUCCAUAAUGCCUCAUAUCAUGGAGGUCUUUGGACUUAACCCUUAGUUCCCCAUUACUUAAUAGCAUUUUAAUUGUGUAAUACAGAAUCAUGAUUGCAUUCACUUAGGCUAGUUUUUAAAUAGAAAUGCUCUUAUCACUGAGAUAUAGUGUAAAAAAGAAUGCUGUGCACGUGAACCCUUCUAAUUUGAAAAUUAUGAGGCCCUAACAUUGUUGAAUUACCCAGAGGAUCCAAAAUAUCUAAACAUGUAUGAAUUUGGUCAGUGAUUUCAGAUAUUUUGUCAUGAUAGCAAUUCUAGCUGUUACAGAUAUACCAAAAAGCAAACCCAAUUCUGAUUUUUUUUAAAUCUAAGGGGGAUUCAUUACUAAUGUUGCCACUUCACCUGUAUUUUGCUUUUUAUCUCUAAUUUUGUUUUGGGGAGGUUCAUGGGAGUUAUAUUUAAAUACAUUUACAGUAUAAAUGACAUAAGAAUACAGUUCCCAGACUCAUUUAAAUAAAAAAUAAUACUGUAACAGUU